GGCAGGAGGUCGUGUUUGGUGUUGGUGAUAGGAACCACGCACCACGCCGUGUGGUCAGGAGCGGGGGUUUAGCUGUUGGGUCGGGGCGUGGCUGGCAGGUAUGUGGAUACGGUAUGGACAUGACUAAUGGUACACGCAUCUGUGCAGCUCUGUCGGAAAACGACAGAAAAAAACGUGGUCUUAAUACCAGUAAGAUUGGUAUGAUGGGAACUGCUGUGUGCGGUGUCGUACGGCCUGUGCGAUGCGUGGCGCGACAAAGUGACGCGCUGAUGACCACAGGAUAAGCCUUUGCUGCUGUCUCACACUUUCCAAGGGCUAUCUGCUGGAAGUCGCGUUCAAUAGCAACAAUGAGGCUCUCCUCUUUGCAUAAUUCGGUGCACAGCCCGUCGAUAGCGCUUAGGCCUGGUCGACGAUGCACAUGGUGCCUAGCAGGGACAGGCUUUGGCAAGACUCAGGGGAAGAAGAAUUUGAUAAAGACUGAGGAGUCCGGCUUAAAUACAGCGCCACGAACAAAGAGACGCGGGAACCUGGCGGAGGAGCUUGCCGAGUUGCGCAAUGUGACGCCCGUGGACAAUAAAAGCGUGGAUCCAGACAAAGAUCUUUCGAAGGGGAAUUGGUUUCAGCUGGCGAACAUAGAUGAGCUCGCUGGUGACAAGAGGCGAAAGCUGUGCGAGUUGAAGGGAAACAAGAAGCUGGUCGUCCUUCACAAGUUCCAGGACACCGUGUACGCCAUGGAUGCCUACUCGACAGCCUACCAAUACCCGCUCCUGGACGGCGAGUUAGCGGAGGGCCCCGAGGGACCCACCAUCACAACUCCGCUUGACGGAACCGUGUACGACCUGAGGACAGGCAAGGUCCUCCGCUGGUGCCCCUCCGACGGCUCCCUCCUUCGCGGCCUGCUACGUACCCUCAAAGCGGCCGUACAACCCGUACCGCUACCUGUGUACCCCGUGGUUGUACGGCAGGACGGAGCGGUGAUGGUACGGCUGAGCGUGUGAGCGGACGUCCUCUUCCGGGGCCGCAACCGCUACCGGUCUGCCACCGCCACAGCAGCUGGGGUGGCUUGCUCGUCAGCUGUUAGUGUGAGACGCCAACCGGGAUCGCAUUGCCGAUGUGCGUGCUUCCAGGCUUAAAAAGCCAUCGGCUGGGAGUGGAAUGUGAGAGGGGGGUUGUGUGGCUGGGUCUGGCCAGGAAGAGGGAGUCUGUGAGCGUUAACACCAUACCGGCAUUGUUAUUCCUUGCAUUUGCCGGGUGUUUUGGAAAAGCUGCGAGGGGAAAUGCUACUGUUGGGGUGCAUCGCAUGUGCAUACUUACUGCGCAUUAUUAACGGUGUUCUAUCCUUUCGCAUGUGGGGUUCGCAUCAUGUUGUGACUUGUGAGGGAAUGGGGGAGUGGUAAGAGACUCGACGGGCAGGAGGUUCAGGCAGGGGGGUUGCCAUGAGCGAGAGGGGAAGGGGAAUGGCGGCUGCAUCAUGGAUUCAUGGCUGUGGCUGGGAGCAUAUCGUAUGCACCUGCUGCUCUUGUGUUAGCAGGUGCGUUGUUAGCAGUUGGAUACUGCCAGUGGGUUCAUGGCGUGCAGUAUGUACGACACCAAGGGUGUGGUGUGUACGACAUAAUCCGGGCGGGGGCUCACUGGGAGAGGGGUGAGGCACGGAGGGGUGAGACGGGGUGAGAGGGGAGACGGGGCCUUAUGAGGUGCACGGUACGGUGUUGUGUGCUGGUGCCUUGUGGCGUGUUGUGCCUCGUCAGUUUGGCAAGACAAGCAGGCUCAGGGGGUGUAGCGCGUGUGAUCGCGCCAGGGAGUAAGCGGCAUAGCAGUGAACAACUCCAUCGAGCUACGCCGUACGGUGAGCAGUAUCACAUACAGAAAAAUGGCCAUCAUGUGUGGUUAAUGAUGUUCAACUCGAGCUUAAUGAUUCAGUGCAAACUAGAGAAGAAGCCCGUUGGCGAUUGUUUCCAUUAAGCCAGCUCUAUGCCAUCAAGAUAGCCCUUGCUCGAAGCCCCAGGGCUGGCUUGGCCACGAACGUAUUAGUAUUUGUUGCAUUAUUCUACGCAAAUGUCGAGCGCGUUUGAGCUUAGAGCGCCAACAAUCGGGACCCAUCGGCACAUGCAGUUGGCGACCGGCUGUCAAUUGCCGCAUGGAGGCGGCGCGCGUAACCUAGACGGUCACUCGAAACGUCGUCUUACUUCACGACAUUGCUCCUCGCAUCUGGCGUCAGUCUUUCGUCGACAUGGCACAACUGUCGUCGCGACUAAUGGCUUCGCUGUCCCUUUAGCAACACCAGGACGACGCCAUACUGGAGCUAUAACCAACACAUGCAACUCGUCUAGUAGCAGUGGUCCGUCUGUCGAAAUUAGCGGCGCUGGCAGCAUCAGCAGUAGCCGUGAUGUCGAUGGCCCCACACAUGGACUCAUACCGGACAGCACCAGCGGUGCCACGAUCAGCGAACCCGACUCUCAAAUCGCACUUUCAACCUCUUCCCAAGGACAUGCCAACUCGCCUCAGCCCCAGACCUCAACCACCGCAGCUGCCACUUCCAAAGAACCCACCGAUACCCCUGCUCCUGCUUCUGGCAGCAAGACCGGCAUCCUUACGUGGUUGUGGCGGGUGGUACGGGAGCAGUACCUGCCAGUGAUGCUGCUCAGUGCGCUGCUGGCGGCUGCCGUACAGCCCUCCUGGGGCCUAGCUGCUUCCCGCACCAACCUUCUGUCAGCCGUCACCUUCGCCAUAUUCGUACUUCAGGGUGUCAUGUUGCGACGGGGCGAGGCGGAGAAGGCGCUAGGAGCCACGGGCUCCAUCCUGUGGGGUCUGCUAGCCAUCCUGGCCAUCACCCCCCUCGCAGCUCCACUGGCGGGGGCGCUGCCGCUGAAACCACCGGGACUGGCGCUGGGCCUGCUUGUGUUCGCAUGCAUGCCCACCACCCUCUCUAGCGGGGUAGCUUUGACGCAGGUGGUGGGCGGCAACACGGCGCUGGCGCUGCUGCUCACCAUCUGCUCCAACCUGGCAGCCGUCUUCACACUGCCGCUCACACUGCCGCUGGCGCUCAAGGCAACUGCAGCCAUAGGCGGCUUCGGCAGCACCAGCAUUACGUCGACUGCUGCCGCCGCUUCAACUUCCGCUGCAACCGCCGUAACUACCGCCGUAACGACCGCCGUAACUGCCGUACGGUUGGAUCCCAUACCGUUGCUGAUUCAGUUGGUUCAGUGCAUCCUGCUUCCCACGCUGUUAGGGGCGGGGAUGCGGGGUCUUAGUGCGGACCUGCGCACCUGGGUGGAUGCCAACCGGCGCACCCUGAGUGUGGUGAGCGGCGCGCUGCUGUCGCUGGUGCCCUGGAUGCAGGUCAGCAAGGCGCUGGCUCAGGGAGUGGUGGUGGCUCCCGCCUCCCUGGCUGCGGCAGUGGGCUGGUCGCUGGUUUUCCAUGCGGCAUACCUGGCGCUCAAUGUGGCGGCGGUGCAGCUUUUCCAGCUGGGCGGCACCGACCAGCGGGUCGCCGCCCCCACCCGCCGCGCCCUCAUCGUGGUGGCCAGCCAGAAGACGCUGCCGGUGGCGCUGGCGGUGCUGGCUCGGCUGGGGCCGGCGGUGGGGGCGGAGGCGGCGGGGUGCGCCGCGGUGACGGCGGUGUUCAGCCACCUGGCGCAGACGUGUGCGGACUUUUGGCUGGUUGCGAGAUGGACGGAGCACAUUCGUCGCCGGGAGGAGACGGAGGCGUUGCAAGAACGCGCUGCAACCGCUGCUGCUUGUGCUUCUGCUUCUGCUGCAGGGGCUGCCGCCCCUGCGGCUGCGGCUGGCUAAGGGCUUGCUUUGGAGUUAAUAGUUGGACGGAGCAGUGUUGGGAGUACUCAGAUGUGUUGUGUGGAGGUUAAGGAGUAGCGGGUAUCCGGUGGUGGCGUUUAACGAGGAUCCUCACAGCACCGACCGUUGUCCUUUGGCAUGGAUGCGUGAAAGGCUGGGAAAAGCCGCUGGCUGCCCCGUACCGGUAUCUGGCACGAUGCGAAGAGGCUUAAGGGGAUCCCAGUGUAUGCGUUGGCUUGUUGCGCCUUGGUGGUGUGGGGGAAGCUAAGCGGUAAUGUCGCAUAUCGCCUAGCGGCCUAGCGUUUGGCAGCAUACCGUACCAUGGGUCCCUUGGUGUACGGAUAACGCGUUUCCUAUGACUAAGCCAUAUUCAAAUGCAGUGGUAUAACGCUGAUAAUAUUUACGCUGAUGUUAUAGCAUUAAGCCGCUAGACGCAUCGACGAGAGAAAGCGCACGCUAGACUACCGGUGAUACGCCAGAAUGCCGGUGUUCCUACUAAGCAUCCGGGCGGAGCUAGAGAAUGUUGAGAGUCUGUCUAUACCUUCAACAACACAUUGGUGCUUGGACGUAAAAGAGAGCGCUGGUUCGGAGGAGAAGAAGGGCGUGUAUGUAACAUCCACGGAGGAGCAUGAGCUGUCUGGGAGCAAGGGCACGGCUAACCUCGUCAUGAAGUUCGCGAAGGGGAGUAAAAAGGAGGCGAGCGUGAACGUCCAGGAGAUUAAGGGCGUCACGCGAGCGUACACAGCGGACGAUGACGGCAAGUUCGUUCCAAUCAUCGCCUUCGAAUGUCGCGGACUGGACCCCAUCGCAUUCCAUCCGGAGGGCGAUUGGCGGGUGGUCAGCAGCGGCGGCACCAAAUUUGACAACGUUGACCUUAACGAGGGCGAGUGGAGCGACUACUGCGAGAAGGCAGCGGCCAGUGUGGGGAUAUACAACUUCGAAUCCAAGCUUGAGCUGUACCGUGGGUCGUGAGGAAGUGGCCAUCAAGGUACACCGCAUUGCUCAUACCGCCGCGGCCCACUGGCAGGGGCUUGGGGCCGCCCUUCUGGGUGCUGGCAAUCCAGGAC